AUGACGUGGACAUUUUUUGGAAAGAACGUGACGUACACAUCUUCACAAAGGCAACGUCGACACUUCUUUAAUCCUACAGAAGUAGUACACACACACACACCACGCAACCGCAUUCAUCAGGAGCGAAACAGAGAUACUAAGAAAGGCAACAUAAUGGCUUCCGAUGGCUGUCAACCCAUGGAGCGCUUCUCCAAGAAGAACGGCUUCACCGCCUCGGGUUCCGAUGGGUCGGCGCAGAAAUCCUGGGCCUCCUGCCCGAGCUCCAUGCGACAACAACAAAACUAUCCAGGAACGCACCAAUACUCUUCUGGAGGAGGAGGAGGAGGAGGAGGGUACGGUAGCAGUACUGGUGGAUAUUCCGUCUCCGGGUACGUGAAUGGAUACAAUCCAACCUUGCCGGCGUAUCCUCCAACUCGAGCGCAAAUCGAGCAGAUGCAAAAAAAUGGACAACAGUUUUUGCCGCCACCGGGGCAGCAGUUUUAUCAAGGAGGGAGAAAACCAACCGCCGUGUGGGACGGACCUGCGCCAGCUGGAGAUCCGAACAAACCGAAACCAGGAACGCCUUAUUACUUGAAAACGCCAGAAGAAUCCAAAUUUGAUCCGAGCGUCGAGCAAGAGUCAGUGGCGCUCGGCGGUGGAGCAAACGGAUAUCGAUUGCCUAUGUUUGGAUGCGUCCCAAAAAACGCGAGCAAGUGUUUGAAGUAUGAGUGCGUGAGACACGUAAGGUGCGGGUCAUCCAAAGAAAGCGAAGACUUAGAGUUGGCGAAGAGUGCGAUCGCAUCUUCGUCGAAACCUCGAGAGUCUUUGUUCGUAUCUGCUGUGUUGGCGUGCGACGAGUGGGGGAAAGUCGAAGAAAGUUGCGACGCCGUGUUGUCGAAACUCGGUCUAGAGUCCCUCGAUUUGUUCUCCAUCGAGUGGCCCAUGCAAAUGGACAAGUCUGUGACUCUCGGACACGCGUGGAAGCAAAUGGAGGCGCUCGUGUCGAAAGGUAAAGUGAAAUCUCUCGGGGUGUGUAAUUUUUCAGUUUUGGCAGUUGAAAAUCUCGUGAAAGCGUGUGAAAUCAAACCUGUCGUGAACGAAGUCGAGCUGCACCCGAUGCUUUCGCAGAGAAAGCUCGUCGGCGUGUGUCGCAGAUGGGGAUUAGCGCUACUCUCCCGAGGGUCUAUUUGUGCUGGUGUGAAAGAAGUGAGAGAACACCAGCGCUUACUCGACGCCUCCUCGGCGGCGGAUGAAAGUGACCCGAAAGAUAUCAACUCCAUUUUGACGAGAUGGUCGAUUCAAAGAGGCGUUGCUGUCAUUUUGGACGAAGCUAUGGAAGAUUCUGAAGUCGAGGCUUGUUGUAAAGCGGCUAAAUUUCGUUUGAACAACGCGCAAAAGGUGUGCAUCGAUUCAAUGGAGCCAAUCGCGAAGUUGCAAGGUAAACAUAGAUUCAUGAAAGGACCGGAAGGCUUUCAGUUCGACGAUCCAUUCUUAGGAGGGUUAGCGCGACCUGGACUCGAGGUCAAUCCGCUUUAA